AUGAUUUUGUUACUUUUUGUUUGACGUAAUAUCCAAUUCUGCGUUGUACUAUGAUAAUAGUUCAAUUAUAAUAAUAGAAAAUUGACAUGCUACCGUUAUUGUCGUUAAAAAGACUGACGGGAUUACUUGGUUAAACAUGAUUAUCGAUAUGUCAUAUUACAUCGUCUGUGUAUUCUUCUUGUGUUUCGUUCGAGCGAUUCCUUUAAACUAUUCUAACUACAAACCUGCAAUUAAAGUGGAUCCGGACUUCUACAGAAAUGUCAGUCAACUCAUAACCAGCAAAGGUUACCCCGUCGAAGAAUAUUGGGUCCAAACCGAAGACGGAUACAUUUUGGGCGUUCAGAGAAUACCUCGAGGACGAUCCGAUCCGGAACCGUCCCCAAAAACUCGUCCGGUAGUGUUCCUUCAACACGGACUCCUCUCUUCUUCCGCAGAUUGGGUGAUGAAUUUUCCUCAUGAAAGUCUAGGUUUCAUCCUAGCCGAUGCCGGUUACGAUGUGUGGUUGGGAAACCAAAGAGGAAACACUUACUCAAGGAAACACGUAAAGUAUUCGCCACGGGACAAAGAAUUCUGGCAAUUCAGUUUCGACGAAUUUGCCGAGUACGAUCUUCCCGCCAUGAUGGAGUUCGCUCUGAACGUCACCAAUCAAAGUCAAUUAUAUUAUGUGGGGCAUUCCGAAGGCACCACGGUGGCGUUUGCUCUACUUUCGGAAAGACCGGACUACGAUAAGAUAAAAGUCGUCGUGGCUCUCGGACCCGUUGCCACGGUGGGUUAUAUCACCAGUCCCAUCCGUUAUUUGGCUCCUUUCGCUCCCAUACUAGACCCUUUGUUUCGGCUUUUUGGAUUUUACGAGUUUUUGCCCAACGACUUGAUCAUGAAAUUGUUGGCUCGCUUUAUCUGUGGCAACCGAGAAUUACAAUUCCUGUGCGAAAACGUCGCAUUCCUAAUCAGCGGAUUCGAUCCUUCUGAGUUAAAUAAGACUCGUCUGGAGGUCUACGCUACGAAUUUUCCCGCCGGAACAUCCACCCAAAACGUCGUCCAUUUCGCUCAGAUGGUGAAUUCUAAAAAUUUUCAGAUGUAUGAUUAUGGAAAAACCGAAAACAUGAAAAAAUACAAUAAGACCACCCCACCGGAGUACAAUGUAGAAAACAUUCGAACUCCAGUCGCGCUCUUUUACGCAUUAAACGACUUUCUGGCAGAUCCCGUGGACGUGGCUCUCCUUCGUAUGAAACUGAAAAAUCUGGUGGAGUGUUAUCGAGUGAGUCUGCCCACGUGGGCGCACAUUGAUUUCGUGAUCGGAAUGGACGCGCCUGGUUACGUCUACCAAGAAGUGAUGAGAAUAAUGCGAAAGCAUGCUACCGUUAUUGUCGUUAAAAAGACUGACGGGAUUACUUGGUUAAACAUGAUUAUCGAUAUGUCAUAUUACAUUGUCUGUGUAUUCUUCUUGUGUUUCGUUCGAGCGAUUCCUUUAAACUAUUCUAACUACAAACCUGCAAUUAAAGUGGAUCCGGACUUCUACAGAAAUGUCAGUCAACUCAUAACCAGCAAAGGUUACCCCGUCGAAGAAUAUUGGGUCCAAACCGAAGACGGAUACAUUUUGGGCGUUCAGAGAAUACCGCGAGGACGAUCCGAUCCGGAACCGUCCCUAAAAACUCGUCCGGUAGUGUUCCUUCAACACGGACUCCUCUCUUCUUCGGCAGAUUGGGUGAUGAAUUUUCCUAAUGAAAGUCUAGGUUUCAUCCUAGCCGAUGCCGGUUACGAUGUGUGGUUGGGAAACCAAAGAGGAAACACUUACUCAAGGAAACACGUAAAGUAUUCGCCACGGGACAAAGAAUUCUGGCAAUUCAGUUUCGACGAAUUUGCCGAGUACGAUCUUCCCGCCAUGAUGGAGUUCGCUCUGAACGUCACCAAUCAAAGUCAAUUAUAUUAUGUGGGGCAUUCCGAAGGCACCACGGUGGCGUUUGCUCUACUUUCGGAAAGACCGGACUACGAUAAGAUAAAAGUCGUCGUGGCUCUCGGACCCGUUGCCACGGUGGGUUAUAUCACCAGUCCCAUCCGUUAUUUGGCUCCUUUCGCUCCCAUACUAGACCCUUUGUUUCGGCUUUUUGGAUUUUACGAGUUUUUGCCCAACGACUUGAUCAUGAAAUUGUUGGCUCGCUUUAUCUGUGGCAACCGAGAAUUACAAUUCCUGUGCGAAAACGUCGCAUUCCUAAUCAGCGGAUUCGAUCCUUCUGAGUUAAAUAAGACUCGUCUGGAGGUCUACGCUACGAAUUUUCCCGCCGGAACAUCCACCCAAAACGUCGUCCAUUUCGCUCAGAUGGUGAAUUCUAAAAAUUUUCAGAUGUAUGAUUAUGGAAAAACCGAAAACAUGAAAAAAUACAAUAAGACCACCCCACCGGAGUACAAUGUAGAAAACAUUCGAACUCCAGUCGCGCUCUUUUACGCAUUAAACGACUUUCUGGCAGAUCCCGUGGACGUGGCUCUCCUUCGUAUGAAACUGAAAAAUCUGGUGGAGUGUUAUCGAGUGAGUCUGCCCACGUGGGCGCACAUUGAUUUCGUGAUCGGAAUGGACGCGCCUGGUUACGUCUACCAAGAAGUGAUGAGAAUAAUGCGAAAGGUAUAAUUGCCCAUGUUUCGUCGUCGCGAACUUGUCGUUAAGAAACUUUGCAAAUUUUGACUAAUCGUAAUAUUUGAAAAUAUAAUUAAAUUUGAAUUUCCAUGACCAAGUCUGGUCCCGUGCGCAAGUUUUUUAAAAAGUGGAAUUUAAAAUACGCAGAUUAUUUCGGCAUGUCGUAGUUCACUAAUUUUUAUAAUGUAGGUGUGUAGUAGUUUUCUAUUCUAAGUCUUGUCUGGCAAUGAUUUCUCCAAUUGCAAUAUUCACUAUUGUCAUCACUACAUUCUUGUUGAAAACACAAUUUCUUCGAGGGUCGCGACAUAAACUGUACAAUGUCAAACGUACUAUAAUUUUUUACUAUUUCCUUAAGGAAUUGUCUAGUGUUCUCAAAUAAUAAAUUUCGUAUGUUUUUUUCCAAA